UGGAUUUACUAAAUUUAGUGGCACUUCACAGAAGCAGAAUGGAGAAGUGAGUUAAGUGAGCAAACGUGAGGAGGAAGUCGUACCGAAACAUGCAGGUACACAAAUAAAACAAUUUGGUAUCCACUGUUCACUAUGGGCCAACAUGUCUGUAGACGGGACCAAGUUACUGUUUGAGGGCUUCCUGCAGAAAAGAAAGGAUACUAUGAAAAUAAGGUGGGUGACGUAUUGGUUCAGGCUUCAAAAUACCACCUUGUUCUUCUAUACCAGGAAGAAUGGCAGUGCUUUACACUUGAGAAGCUAUUACUACAUUUACACAGUGCAGUCAGUGCGAGAGGUCCAGAGACCUGACAGCAGCAGGCGCUUUAUGUUUGAAAUCAACAUGAAGAAUGGGAAAAGAAAAAUGUUGGCAGCAGAGACGGCAGCUCUCAGGAGAGAGUGGGUACAUCAACUGUGGGAAGCCAUGCAUCUUUCUUUCUGUAGAUCUUCAGACAGCAGAGGCACAAACCUUGAUGAGUGUGAGCAGCGAGACAGACAGAACAGCAGCAGCACACACCUCUGCACCCAUGGCAACACUGGGAUGGAGUCUCUUCCUGCUGGGCUCAUCUCUGCACCUUCUCCUUCAGUCCAAAUCCACUGUGGCGUUGUUGCCUCCCCCACAAACCUGCCUCAGGAGCUGAACAGCGACGGUCUCAACUAUCAGCAGUCCGUUGGGUUCAGCAGUGCAGUGGACGGUCGAGAAGUAGUUUAUGACGUUUUACCAAUUAGAAAAGAGAUCGACAUUUCAACACAGGUGAACGAGGGAGUGUAUGACACUCCACUGUCUUACAAGAGACUUGCUGCUCCCCAGGUCGCAGCAGAGAGCAUCUACGAUAUACCAAGCGUUCAUUUGAGAAACGUGUCUGAUCACAUCACAGAGGGGCUUUACGAGAACGUAUGCUGGAGGAUGUGACGCCCAGUUUGUGGUCGACGACUCAUGAACUGGAGGCUGAAACACCUGUAAAUAAAUACUACUUUUCAGCAGCUGUAUAUGAGACAACUCACCACAACACAAAAGAGGUUCCACUGUCAUAUUUAUUUAUUUCAUCUCCAUGCGACCACUUAUAUCUACAGAGAACACACUGUACAAUAAUGUCCACACAUAUGCACCAUGGGUCAACAACACACCAAUAUUCACAACAAUAAAAUGACUCAUUUCCAUGUCACCUGGUUCACAGUUUACAGGUUUACACCACUACCGUUGAUAUUGCUGAACUUCACACUUUGGACUUGGUUAAAGUUAUUAUUAUUAUGAGUUUGUUU